AUGUGACAACAAGGUGGAACAGCUCAUAUGACAUGGUCGAGAGAUUCCUAGAACAGCAACCUGCAAUCUGUGCCACAUUGUUGUCUCCAGAAGUCAGAAAAAGUGAGUCAGAUCUCUGCACUCUCAACGAAACAGAUGUGUCAAAUGCAGAGGAUGCUGUGAGUGCAUUAAAGCCAAUGAAAGAUGCAACCACACUGAUGUCAGAAGAGCGCAAUCCAACUGUUUCUCUCAUUGCCCCUCUAAAUGCACAACUGCUCCAGAACAUGACAGACACCAUGGGAGACACACCCAUGAUCCAUGAGAUCAAGAAUGCCAUCAAAACAGAUCUCCUGAAGAGGUACAGCAGUGAGGCAGAGAAGAAGAUACUUUAUACAGCCUCUGCCCUGGAUCCUCGUUUUAAGGGACUGCCUUUUAUUCUCACAGAGGAGGAGAGAUUGGAGAUAUACAGAGGAGUGACUGAGGAGGCUGCAUCCUUGGAGAUUGAGUGUACUAGUACAGUUACAUCUAGGAGGACAAACGUGGAUGAAGUGCCACUGCCUGAGGGAAAAGAAACUCUGGAAGAAGAAUCACCCAUCGAGGAGGAUAACCCUUCUCCUCCCAAAAGAAAGUCCACAUCGCUGCUCAUGACUUUGCUGGGACAGUCUUUCACUGACACUGAAGGUACAAUAGAACCCAAGACCCCCUAUGCCAAGGCUGAAGAGGAAAUAGAGAAAUAUUGUAAAGCCCCAUCUCUGCCUCUCACUGAAGACCCUUUGAAAUGGUGGCAUGUACAUGAGGUCAUAUUUCCCCUCCUCUCUCAUUUGUCAAAGCGAUACUUGUGUAUCCCAGGUACAAGCGUGUCUGCAGAGCGGGUUUUCUCCACUGCAGGAGAUGUGGUAACGGCAAAAAGAAGCACCCUCAAACCAGAGCAUGUGGAUCAACUAGUGUUCUUACAGAAAAACCUACAUAUUCCAUAAUUCUGAGUAGUGAUUCAGGUUUAUAAUAUUAAUAUUUAAUGUUUUUUGGCACAUCCAGAAGAAUGUGCUGUGUGCCCCAUUGCCCAGUGCAGACUACUGUUAAGUUAUUUUAUAUUUGUUACUGUUAUAUUGCUUAUAGCUUUUUGAAAAAUGAAGCUUAAAACCUUGAGUAAAUCUUUGUUGGAUCACAAAAUAUACUAGUACACUACACGACACGACCGACCACGUCACU